AUGAGGGGCUCAAGUAAUAUAUGUGAUUCAGACCUUUGGGAGGGAACAACAAAAGCUGCAGAGAGUCAUCUGGCUGAGGUCUGUUUUACAAAAGCUAAGGAGGAGGGAAUGGUUAUUGCCAUCAAUUGGCAAGAUGCAGACUCCUCGUCAGGAAAAUCAUUUCGUUAUGUGUUCCCUGAUAGCUCACUGAGCCGUGUCAUGCUUUGUGAGGGUCAAGUGGGCCGUUUACAUGCCAACAAUCUUAAACACUACAAAGGAGAGAAAUCUGUAGACUUGUCUUUUGUGGCCACUCACAAGAAGAAUUAUCCUGAGCUGGAAACAGCAAAAUGUGAGAGUGCUGGGAAGUGAGCCCACUCGAAAACCUGUGGUUGCAUGUCAGAUGAAUUUCUGGGUAGGGCCAAAAGCAACCACUUUUCAGCCCUGAAGCAAAGUGGGAAUGACCCAGAGGAAUAUGCCAGUCGUAUGCGUAUUCUGGGGAAAUAUCAUUCCUGUGACAUUCACGAAUGGACUGGAGGUGAUGGCAAAACCUACAGAUGCCCUUGGCACCCCAUCCAUGUGUGUUCCAGUGGCAACUGUGAUGGGAAAGAGAGGCAGAUAGAUAGUGUUGACAGUGAAGCAGGUAGCAGGGUGUCAGGAAGGCAGGUAGUUCAGGAUAAGACCAUGGAGGACAGUGACGAUAGUGAUAGUGGAGAUAGUGAAGGUAGUGAAGAUAGUGAAGACAGUGAUGGGGAUUACAAUACCAACUUUACUUGUGAGGGUAGACCAUACAAGGUCAGGGGAAGGGCAUUGACAUGUGACUUCCACAGCCUUCUCUGCGAAAUGAAGGCAAAUGAGGUCAUAGAUCCAGUGAUGGGCAAAGGUCAUUCUAAUUUGCCAGAAAGUAAAUUUAGUGUCCUUAAGAAGUUCAGACCUAAGGACACCAAUCUCCACCAGAUAAACUAUGAGGUGUCAACUAACAUGGGUCUUUGUCAAAGCAACAUGAUGUACCUCAUCAAAGGCAAAGGCUCUACGUAUCACUAA